CUCCCUCCGGACUAUCCAUGGAUAUAUUUUCUUGACGUCGUUGCAGACCAUACUCGAGCCCGAGGAUGUUGCUGAACAUUGCCAUCGCAUCCAUAUCGCCCUCUGCCUCUGGCACUUGAUCCAAAGUAUCGCAGCAUCUCGAGAUGUCUCUCGCCAAAGUCAAGCACAUCGUUCUUGUAAGUAUCACCGCACCACACCGCACCCACCACCACGGACGGGCCAAAACACAUUCAAACACCCCUCUAACAAAGCCCGCAGGUCCUCUCGGGCAAGGGUGGCGUGGGGAAAUCAUCCGUCACCACCCAACUUGCCCUCUCCCUCGCCCUCACCGGCCACUCGGUUGGGAUUCUUGAUAUCGACCUCACUGGACCUUCCAUUCCCCGUUUGUUUGGCAUCGAAGGCGCAAAAGUCACACAGGCACCCGGCGGAUGGGUGCCGGUCCCAGUCCAUGCUGCGAACCCCGCGGCAGGCAUUGGCUCUCUGGCGUGCAUGAGCCUGGGCUUCUUGCUGCGAGAGAGGGGUGACGCCGUGGUCUGGCGUGGUCCCAAGAAGACAGCCAUGGUGCGCCAAUUCUUGUCAGAUGUCUUAUGGGGCGAGCUUGAUUAUCUCUUAAUCGAUACUCCUCCAGGAACGUCAGACGAACAUAUUUCGCUGGCAGAAACUCUUCUCAAGAACGCAUUUCCAGGACAAGUCGCUGGAGCCGUGGUGGUAACGACCCCUCAAGCGGUGGCGACGGCCGAUGUCAAGAAAGAGCUGAACUUUUGUGUCAAAACGGGCAUCAAUGUCAUCGGAGUGGUGGAAAAUAUGAGUGGCUUCGUGUGCCCCAAUUGCUCCGAGUGCACCCAUAUUUUCAGUGAAGGCGGUGGCAGAAUCAUGGCGGAAGACUUCAAAGUCAACUUCUUAGGAGUCGUCCCCAUUGAUCCCCAAUUCAUCAUGUUGGUCGAGACGGGAAGAAUACCAGUGUAUCCCGAAGGAACCAUGGUGAAAGGAGAAGCUUUGGCGAAGAACCAGAACAUCAAGGAACCCAGUGAGUCUAGUCCACUGGUCGAAAAGUACACGAAAUGCUCCUUGCAGCCAGUUUUUCGAGAUAUCGCUCGAGAUGUUGUUGCAGCUGUGAGGAGAGGGACCUCAUGACACAAUAACGAAUACGAUCCCACAAAUACUGCAGGUUCAUGGGUCACGGAAAGAUUUGGUGACGGUUCCUGCAUGGCGACGACGUUUGGGUUACAUCUCGAUGCAGAGUACAGCUUCAUGGAUUCGUGGCAACCAUCAGACUCUGGCAUUGGGUUUAUGUCUUGAUCAGGGAUGUCCCUUAUCGUGGGCAAAUGGACGAGCUUCAAAAGCCCUGAAUGCUUAGAUAUUAUUAUUGACCUUGAGAGGUCCCCAGUACCGUGCUUCUGGAAAGUAAUCACG